UUACUACAACUUGCUUAAAUUUCUGGGUAUUUUCCUUUUUUAAUUAUCUUUUUCUCACUUUCAAAUAAAUUCUACUCUCCCCUUCUUACCUGAAAUCUGUUUAUUUUUUGCAAAAAAAAAAAUUCCCAAAAACAGGAGCUUCAAGCUCAAGCUACCAGGAGAAAUUUUCCUGAAUUUUGAGCUUUAAUGGGGUGUUGUUUAAGUAUUCAGAUUAAGGCUGAUGAAAGCCCUGUUCAUCAUUCUGGUGGUGGCAAUGACCGGGCUCAAUCUGAAAGACUAAACCUAAGAUCAGAGGGGGAGAUAUUGCAAUCGUCGAAUUUGAAGAAUUUUUCUUACAGUGAUCUUAACCAAGCAACUCGGAAUUUUCGACCUGAUAGUGUGCUUGGAGAAGGUGGCUUUGGUUGUGUGUACAAGGGGUGGAUUGAUGAGCAUACCUUAGCUCCUGCUAAGCCUCGUUCUGGAAUGGUCAUUGCAGUCAAGAGGCUUAAUCAUGAAGGAUUCCAGGGUCAUAAAGAAUGGGUGACUGAGAUCAAUUACUUGGGGCAACUACGACAUCCUAAUCUCGUGAACCUGAUUGGAUACUGCAUAGAGGAUGAGCACCGCCUGUUGGUAUAUGAGUUUAUGCCUCGUGGUAGCUUGGAGAAUCAUCUAUUCAGAAGAUCAUCUUAUGUUGAGCCUCUAUCCUGGAAUCUCCGAAUGAAGAUUGUUCUUGGCGCUGCAAAGGGGCUUGCCUUCCUCCACAGCCCAAAGAUUAAAGUCAUCUAUCGAGAUUAUAAGCCUUCUAACAUACUCCUUGAUUCAGAUUUCGAUGCAAAGCUUUCUGAUUUCGGUUUGGCUAAAGAUGGGCCAUGUGAUGACCAAGGCUAUGUAUCCACACGAGUCAUGGGUACCCAAGGAUAUGCAGCUCCUGAAUAUGUAGCUACUGGUCAUCUCACUCCAAAGAAUGACAUCUACAGUUUUGGGGUCGUUCUCCUUGAAGUACUGACAGGAAGACGAGUGUUAGAUGAAAACCGGGCUGUCAAGGAAAGGGACCUAAUUAAAUGGGCAAUGCCUUACCUUCGCAAGGAAAAGGUAAGCAGGAUCAUGGACACAAGAAUCCAAGGGCAGUACUCUUCAAGGUCAGCAAAAACCAUAGGGAACCUUGUUAUCCAGUGCCUGUCAGUAGAUCCAAGGUUCAGGCCGAAUAUGGUUGAGGUUGUCUCAACACUAGAGCAGCUCCAAGACUGUAAACCCAAGGGUGGUGAUUUAUACCCUGCUGUCCCUCGUGAUUUAUAUCCUGUCAACACUGAAGUAAAGCAGAGUUUUAAUCCGCAAAACCAAGGACCCAAAAAUCGGAGGAGAAGUAACAUUGCUAAUGAAAUUUGCAAGGGUGGUAUUGUUAUUUCUCCCGAUACUACAUCAUCUAUACCACCUGUUCUUAGCUAACAAGAGUUCUUUAAUUUUCUUUUCUCAUCUUUCGGUUAAACUGUUGAAAGGAGGGUAGGAGUUCAGAGAGUGUAUGUGUAUCUCAUGCUGCAUAUGAUUUAAGAGCAUCUGUUAUGGAAUGAGAAGAGAUAGGUAGGUAGGUUGUGUUAGCAUUUGGGUUUUUCAAUGUAAAUUGAAGAACUUGGGUAAUGGGUGUACUAAUCCCAUGCUUUGGGUUAUGAUUGUACAGCAAGUUUUUAUUGUUGUAACUUUUUACAUUGUGUGGAGUAGAUUUAUUUUAACUUAUUUAACUUUUGUUUGUUUGUUUGAUAAUAUUUUUCAGAGGUGUUGUAAUGUAAAAGAUUUGCUUGCUCCUCUGAGCUCAGUAUUCUGCAAUAAUAUGUCUGCAUGAUAUCAGACUUUUCCA